CAAUUUUCUAGAAGCACUUUCAUCAGGCGGCGUCUGUUAGCAGCUUUUAAAGGCUAACUAAGCCAUACGACUUGCAGCGCAUGCUGUCGCUCUUCUGUUCAGUCCAAGGAGUCUUACCAUAUCCAACACUUAGUCUAUGCGUUUCUGUGCCCUGACUGCCACCCAUAGCCAUGGAGCACUCGAUCUAACUGAUACCCCAUCUGAGAUCCUUCCAUCCCUAUAUCUAUACCCAUCUGUUUAAUAUUAGAAUUUCUCCUCCCCAGCACUUCUGUCGAUUUGAAACAAGAAUAUCACUGGUCUGAUAAUAUCCGUGUUUUAUCCAUUCUUACGAGAAACCCCACCCCAAGCAAGGUGCUGUGUGCACAAUGGGCUCCCACAGCAGAUCCACUCAAAGUCGCCAUGGAAAGAGUGGCAGUUCCAGUUCAACCUACAGUGACGGCUCUGAUCACUCGAGAAGCACUGCCCCGACUGUCUGUAGCGACCGUCCUUUUGUGAGGCAUUUCGAUCCUUCUGACCCAUAUCCUACUAUCGAUCCCCGUGACUCCAUGUCCACUUAUGCUUCUACAGAGCCAUCCCUAGACGAUGAUGGCGAGGAUGUACCCUACGAAGUGGUUGAGGAAAGGCAUGAAGCGUUUCCAUCAAACCCCAUUCCCUCUAACCCAUCGACAUUCGCGGUUCUAUUUCCUUCAACGCGACGGAUGGUCAUUAGACAUGACGACACCACUAUCGACGGCAACAUGAAUCUUCGAGUCGACAAUUUGAUCCCUGACAAGGCGGGUCGUCAGCAAGAGGUGACCUUGUUCCAUCUGCGCAUGCACGACCUACACAAAAGGGAAUUCUCCUUCCGACGUUAUUGCAGGGACUCUGGAAGAGAGGUCUGUCAUUCAACCAGAAAGCGCAACGCACACGGUGUUGAGAAGCGACCGGUCUUGGAGAGAUCGUUGAGCACCGUCUUGGAACGGUUCCGACGCGGAUCCAGUGGGAGCACAAACACGACGACUGCUUUGAAACGUCUAGAUCCAGGAACGGAGGAAGAAGCGUUAUUCGACGAUGAAAGUACGUCCAGCAAAGAUAGCCUGGAAAAAUCAGCAGGCGAUGAGAACACUAUCCUGCUUGAAUUCUCCAACUACGCUCAUGUUGAAGUUAAGAGGAGAGGAAGCGGCUCAUCGAAGCGGUACGAAUUUGAAUACUGGUCUACCAGAUACCAGUGGCGUCGCGAGUACAAGAAAGAUGGAGAGUUCCAGGAGAUAUCAUUUCACCUGGUUGAUAUGGCAACAUCUAAAGCUGUGGCUCAUAUCGUUCCUGAGCCCUUGACCCCAAUGGAGAGUAUCGAAGAGAAAAGCAAGGGCGGCUGGAUUCCGCCGUCUUCGUUGUGGAUCAGUGAUUCGUCCGUCUACGAGAAGAUGCACGAUGUCGCAGAUGUCUUUGUUGCUACUGGGUUGAUCGCUCUGGUCGAUGACUGGAUCAGACGCCGCUGGCAUAAGAAGCGACAACUUCACCUAAGUAUCCCCAGAAAAGCUUCCUUUAUAGACCAUGUGGAUACCAGAAAAUUCAUUGAAGGCGUCUUCCACCGACGCGGGUCUGCCGACUCGCGUUAUGAUACCCAGCAGCAGGCCUCGAGUCAUCCUUAGAUCCAUCUUCGUACUCAUGAUAAGGCAUAUAGCAAGCUAAGGGGUGGCUGUCUUGAUUUACUUUUGAGUGAUGUUUCUUAUGAUGCAACUCUCUCCCCUUAUGGUACUUCGCCAAUCAAAAACCCUCCAGACUCGAGCUUGUACAUCAGUAUGGGUGACGCAGCCUUUAUGUUACGAGGCGAGGCACCAGGUUUGGACGUACUUCUUCUUCUUCUUCUUUUCUUUUUUUCACAUUACUAUUGUUCUCUUAUUUGGGCCAGCAGUUCUGUCACGGUGAACGGAUCAAUAUCAGUGAUUCCCUGGAGAUGCCACAGUCAUCAUCUCAUGACACUAGCUAAUAUGUGAUGUGCUGGAGAUGUACUAUAACGUUAUCACCU